AUGGAUGGUUCACCGAGUUUUUGCACCUUUAUAUGGAACUCCACUUGGGAGCGAACCAGCCGUACAAACCUUUUUCGCAGUGUUCGCAGUGGAGGCCUUGGGCUCUCACACUUGUUCAUUAGACAGAUUGUAUCGCGGUUCUUUUUCCUGCGCGAUGAAAGAAAUGCUUUUCUCCGCACUGUCAUUCAGGCGCGAAUGGCAACAGAACUGCCGGAAUUUGUUUUAACUACAUCCAGUGUUAUCAGUAGAAGAGCGACUGGUUAUUAUCGUGAAGUAGUUGCGUCUUUUCGAAUACUCUGUGCACGGUUUUCGUUGGAGUAUUUGUGCUCAGUGAGAAAGAAAAAACUGUACGUCGAUUUGGUUGACAGCAUGCUACCUACCCCACUGUAUAGGAUGGUUCACUGUGGAGGCCCAGGAAAAGAUGUGCUGAAACGAGUCAAAAGGAUGCUUGUAAGACCUGCUGCGAAAUCUUUUUUUUUCCAGCUACACACAAACACCCUCCCCGUUAAAAUAUGGCUUGAACAGAAAGGAAUAUUCGUACCGUGGACAACAAACUGCUUGCUGUGUAGAAAGCCCGAAACAAUUGAACAUGCCUUCAUUGAUUGUCGGGACGCCGUAUUUCAUUGGGAUGUCUUGCAGCGCACUCUCAAAAAAGAACUCCCCAUAACCCCGUAUGGAAUUCGAUUCCUGCCAGUUGAAAGUGAUCAAGGAAUACCUUUUGAUAUGUUCAUGGUCCUGGGCCUCCACAGUUUGUGGAAGACGAGAAUGGCUGUUCGUCAUGCUGACGCCAAUGUACGCUCUACGCGAGAGAACUUCAUUGAAAGUGUUUCUUUUAUACGAGAAGUGUAUCGUGCACAGAGUGAACCCGCAGACUGGGUUAGCAUUCUUGAUGAGCUGGUGUGCCUCAAGAAAUUUUAA